AAACAGGAACACACGGGGCGGCUUGUAACCAGAAAUCACGGCUGUUAUCCAGCCCAGCAGCAGGAGAGGAGCAGGGCAGGAAAAUCCUCCAGGACAGCAGCGGGGAUCCGUCACUUCUAAGGCCGGGACUGGAGCUCCGACUGCCGGGUGAGAGAGACGCUCACUGGCGGAGCAACACGAAGCAGGGAGGCGGACUGAGAGAUGGAAGAGACCCCCGUGUGAAAAGCUCAGCUAAGUUAAACUAAUCCAAGUGAGGAAACUUCCAGAACGAUGGCUCAGACGCUGCUCAAUCUGUCCCCCAACGGGCGCAUCGUGGCCGGCCUGCUGGCCAACCUGCUCUCCUCCAUCUGCAUCGUCUUCAUCAACAAAUGGAUCUACGUCCACUACGGCUUCCCCAACAUGACCCUGACCCUGGUCCACUUUGUGGUCACCUGGCUGGGACUCUACAUCUGCCAGAAAAUGGACAUUUUUGCUCCAAAGAGCCUCCCGGUGCGCAGGAUCGUGUGGCUGGCUCUGAGCUUCUGUGGCUUCGUGGCCUUCACCAACCUUUCCCUGCAGAACAACUCCAUAGGAACGUACCAGCUGGCUAAAGCCAUGACCACGCCCGUCAUCAUCCUCAUCCAGACCACCUACUACAAGAAGACCUUCUCCACCAAGAUCAAGCUGACACUGGUGCCCAUCACAUUAGGGGUGAUACUGAACUCGUACUUUGACGUGCGGUUCAACCUGCUGGGGACGGUGUUCGCUUCUCUGGGAGUUCUGGUCACGUCACUUUACCAAGUGUGGGUGGGAGCUAAACAACAUGAGCUGCAGGUGAACUCCAUGCAGCUUCUCUACUAUCAGGCUCCUCUGUCAUCAGGCUUCCUGCUCUGCGUUGUUCCGAUCUUCGAGCCGCUGACUGGAGACGGAGGAAUAUUUGGACCCUGGUCUCUGCCUGCUCUGUUGACGGUGUUCUUCUCAGGUGUGGUGGCGUUCCUGGUCAACCUGUCCAUCUACUGGAUCAUUGGAAACACCUCGGCUGUCACCUACAACAUGUUUGGUCAUUUUAAAUUCUGCAUCACUCUGAUUGGAGGAUACCUGCUCUUCCAUGACCCGCUGUCUCUCAACCAGGCUCUGGGCAUCCUCUGCACUCUGGCAGGAAUCCUGUCUUACACUCACUUUAAGCUCGCCGAACAGGAGGAGGGGAAGAGCCGCCUGGCUCAGAGACCAUAGGCCGACUUACCUGUCAAUCAAACUGCACAGACCCCUGCCGUUGGCCGCCGGCAGCAGAGACCUCUUUAUAUAUAUAUUUUAAAUUUUAUUAUGACUAUUUUUUUAGAAGAUUGUCAUUGUGGUUCCCCGACAUAUCAACGCAUCCUUCUCGUGGUUCUUUCACUUCAACGACGCGGAUGUUUACGUUUUUUAAAUGGAAAUGAAAGCUCAUCGCACCGGCAGCUGGGAAAUGAAAAGCUUUGAAACUUAAAAUCGCACAAUCUUUGUUUUCAUCCAAAGCAAAAGAGCAUGCACGGCAACAGCUUAUACACAGACGGAUGCAGGAGGUCACGUUCAACUACAUUUCUUCCCAGAAUUCGCUGCUGUUUGUGGCAAGCUGUUGGAUCGGAUAACCUUCAUAAACACUCUGUAACCAAUCAGGAGGAGACUUAGGCUUUAUAAUCAGGCGGCUUCGCUAAAUAAAGGGAACACGCCGGACUAAAGCACCAAAUUUUUUCCACAUGCUCUCUUUCACUGAAGGUUUCAAUUUUUGGUAGCAGCCAUAUAAAGUCUAUGAGAACCAAUAUAUCUUCCAAGCCACUUAAAAGGUCAAUCUUGGUGUCAAAAUCUACAUUUUCUGGGUCAAAAAAUCAUUUAAAGCUAUUGAGAAUAUCACUAGAUGAUUAUUUGAUCAAAUAGAUAUGUUCAUUUUCACCCAGACUGGUAGGCAACUUGCUUCAAGUGCUGCAGCAGGGAAACCUGAGUGGAAAGUGUUUGGAAUCUCUGUUCACGGGAGAGUGCGUAUUAGCUGCCAUGUACACUGCUCACAAAAAUCAAGUGAAAGCUUUCAUCUCAUGUCAGAUCUUGUAUGUACAUUUUUCCCAAUCUAGUGAUAUUCUCAAUAGCUUUAUACGAUUUUUUUGACCCAGAAAAUGUAGAUUUUGACACCAAGAUUGACCUUCUAAGUGGCUUGGAAGAUAUAUUGGUUCUCAUAGACUUUAUAUGGCUGCCAUCUCCGAUCCACAAUCUUGAUGAAGUGGCUCCUACCCAAAAUUAAAACCUAUACUGAUAGAGAGCACGUGGAAAAUAUGUGGUGCUUUUGUCCGGUGUGUCCCCGUUCUUCUUAAAUCUGGUCCUAAGCCGCCCGACUAAAUGUCUCCACAGAGUUAAAGGACUCUUUGAGCAAAGCACCAAACCUUCAUCUGCUGCUUGAGGCAAAACGCAGCCGUGAAAACAAUAUAAUAAUUACGAAAAUGCUCAUUUUUCCUGCUUGCAGAAACAAAUGGCAGCUCAACACAAAACACGGUACAUCACCUUCUGUCUGUUUCUGCUUAUUCACACUCGACGAAACCAACUAUAGUGGUGGAAAGAACCUGCAUUAAUGAGUCAUGUUGGAUUUGUUUGAAGCAUUUUGUCUGUAUCUGCUGUUAACAGAGCACUUAAAGUUCUCGAAAAAGCACCGCAACAGUUUUUAAUCGUUACACAUUUCAUCCUGGAUGGUUUUUAAGGUUUACAGAAAUCUUUCCUGGCUUUAAUCCCUGUAAACAGUCCAGUCUGGUGUCAUCUAUAUAAGGGAUUUGUUGUUAAAUGAAAAUGUUUUUACUUUACAGUUUAUAAUUUUUAAAGACUUUUUGGCUGUAUCACACCACGGCCACUUUCAAAGAGAAAAAAAGGAGCUUUUUGUUUAAAUCUGUUCAAUCAUUUCAUAAGCUUUGACUUUGACUGAGAAACUCAAUCAAACAGUAUUUACACAUGUUCACACUUUUGAGCCUAGUAACAAAAUACAUUUCUGAUGAUUAUUUAUGACUCGGUGACACUAAUCAGCUGGGAACAUAGUAGCGCUAGUUGGGUUUUUAUUUCUGUAUUAUUGUGUUUUCUCCACCGGACAUUUUCUUCUUUGGGGUUUUACAUGAUUUCAUUCAAUAAAGAGAUAUUUAAAAUGUAAAAAAAAAAGCUUAUUUGUUUAGUCAUACUAUGUGUUUUAUCCCUCGUCUCCAGUCUCUGAAAUGUCUAAACAUUCCUCUUUUAUCCACCAGUGAAAGAAAAAAAAUGUGAAAAUUGCCUUGUCAUGAGGACAAAAGAAUUAUAGUCAUUAUAAUGUGAAGAUUCUC